GUUUUUGGCAAUGGAGGACCUGUACGGCGACCUCGACACGUCGGUGACGGGCCUCAGCAGCGUGCACCUCAAGACGCAGCUGCAGGAGAUCACGGCCAAGUACGAAGCGCUGCUCAAGGAGGCCGGCAAUCUCCAGCAUGCCAACGCGCAGCUGGGCGAGCGCAACCAGGUGCUCGAGCGCAACAUCUCGGUGCUCUUUGCCACCGCGCAGACCGAGAUUGGCCGCAAGGACAAGGCGAUCCAAGCGCUUCGCGACGAAGUGCAGCAAGCGCAAGAGAAACUGAUGCAGCCGCGCAAAGCAGAUCACAGCCGUCCGUCCAGCUACGACGCGCGGGCCCGCGACCACCGGCCACCCAGUGCGAGCAGCCGUCCCUUCUCCGCUCGCGACUCGCGCGACUACCACCGCUAGUACAGGUCCAACAUAUAUACUUGCAUCUCUGCCGUAAAUGCUUUCGUCUGUCUACCGGUAUGGCGUGGAUGCGUAUUCCAAGUUCUUUGGUCGGCGAUCGACGAUCGACGCAGCAUGAAGUUAGCACAAAUACAUUGGGGAUGCUGUUACUGCCAUCUUUAUGGACAGGCCACACCUGCGUGGUAACGUACAACGGCGCGUGUUGCGUCAGACAAAGUGUCCAAUGUGAAUUUUGC